CUGUAUCUGUGUAUAGGUGUAUUGCGACAUAGCAUUGUAUGCGUUUUAUAGGUGCAGAUUAAAUUUAAAUCAUAUAUAUUAUCUGGUGAGAUGAACAGCCGCUUUCAGUAAAUCGUCGACCGAACAGCAGACUUCGUAAAAAGUAUUUGGAAAUGAUACUGUGAUUAAACGUUAGGGAAAAAAACGGUUACAGUGUGUGAUUAAAUUGAAAACAAAAAUCAGGUGCAGCAACGUGGCAUAUGCAGGUCGUAUAUGUCCUUCAAGUUUGAUGACAUGAGCGUUAACAACACUGAAGACUCAGAGUCCAAAAAAUGGAACUCAAAUGUGACAAAAGUUGUGGUCCCAUUGGCCAUUGGUGGUGCUGUAAUUGUGGCUGCUCCGGUAGUACUGGCGGCAGGCGGGUUCGGUGCUGGGGGCGUAGUUGCCGGGUCAGUUGCGGCAAAACUCAUGUCGGCAGCGGCAAUCGCUAACGGAGGCGGUGUGGCGGCAGGAAGUACAAUAGCGAUGCUGCAGUCAGCAGGUGCUACAGGGAUUGCUUACUCCUUAUUGGCUGCCAUAGGGGGCACUUCAGCAUUGGCCACUGCUGCUGUACAGUCUUUUGUGUCCAGGCCACAAACAACGGGGCCCGUCUCGACAGAGGUCAAAGCUACCGAACAGGCCGCGUCACAGACCAAGGGGCUUGGCUCUGCUGGGGUCACCGCUGCUUUAUAUGGGGCUGCGUCCAAAACGCAUGCAGCUGCCUCUUAUUCAAUGGCUGCAAUAGUGGGUGCUUCUUCUAAGGUCCCAGGUGCUUUACAGAAUGCAGCCUCCUCCUCAUUGUCGGCCAUAGGAGGAGCCGCAGCGUGGGUUGGGCCGACUUUAACUGCAGUUGUAUAUGGGACAAAGACCGCAGAGUCAAAGAAGACACAGGAUGGGCAGUCAAAUGGCAGCAAUGGAAAAAACAAAAACAAAAUUUGAUUAGAGUUUUAUGGCCGCAAUGGAAAAGAAAAUGACAAAUGACAGUUUUUUGGCAUAUAGUUAACUGUUUUGCAUUUCAUUACCUGCGCUAUAUAUGUGAUUUCUGUUAUCAUAAACAAUUCUUUAUCAUUUUGUUUUGCCAUAUCUAAUUUAUAGUAUUUAUUAUUUGUUGAAGUAGAGUUGCAAUGAAAAGUUUAAAAUUUGUGUCAUUUACAAAUGUUAUCAUUUUGUGUGCCAUACUUAUCAAAAACACGUCCAGUGUAACGGGAUAUCUUUCGUUGUUAGAAAGAUGUUAUCUUUUUAUGCCCCCGGAUCGAAUGAUGGGGGGUAUAUUGUUUUUGGCCUGUCUGUUAUUCUGUCCCAAAACUUUCACCUUGGUCAUAACUUUUUCAAUAUUGAAGAUAGCAACUUGAUAUUUGGCAUGCAUGUGUAUCUCAUGGAGCUGAACAUUUUGAGUGGUGAAAGGUCAAAGUCAGCCUUCAAGGUCAAAUAUAUGGCUUCAAAGCACAGUAGGGGGCAUUGUGUUUCACAAAGACACCUCUUGUUUGUGUAAAGGCUUGCAUUAAAGGACUUGCACAGUUUAUUUGGAUAUGGAUUCUCAUAUUUCUGAAUAAUUCAAUAGCUCCUUGAUGCUUAACAUCAACAUUACUAGACUUGAAAGGUGUAAAACACAGACCAAACAUAAAAUUAGGUUAAGCAUUGAACAAUCAAAUCAUAGUUGCAUUUUGAUUAAUUUUCAUAAUUUUCAUAGAUAGAUGCUACGUAAUUGUUAUGCAAAUUUCUAUAAGGUAAUUAUUUGUUAAAAUUAAUGUUGCUUCCUUGAAUUCUUCAAAAAUAUAAAGAUAUAGUGUAAUGCAUCUUUUUACAAUUUUGAGUUUGAAGAUUUUCUAUAUGAACUUUUAUCAAGCCAACCAAAAAAUUAAAAUAAAAAAGGUUUAUGUCAUUAAAGGAGUAAGCAAAUGGGCUAUGAAUGUACCUAAUGAAAGAAACUAAUUUUUGCUUGUAGUUGUUCAUUUCCAGGAAUGUGUUAAACCCAUCUAGUUAUGCUCACAAAUCAAUCUGAUUUUUUAUCCCUUGAUGUCUUGCAAGUUUGCUAUGGCAUUAAAAAGCAAGUAUUUUUUCUUUUUAAUGAGCAUUUUCUUUUCAAUAGUUGAAUUACUUUUGUUGUAACGCAAGUUAAAUGAACAAUAUAUAUUUUUAUUUUAUAAACCUGUUAAAAAUGUUUAUACAAUGCACAUCAGUUUGUUUUUUGAAGCAUUUGUUAUUUAAUAUAAUAUGCUUGCAGGUUAUUAUUUGCAAUUACAUGUAUGUACAAUUGUAAUUAGUUGAAUGUAUGAAAUAAACAUAGUACAAAUCCA